GCCAGUGCACUGAGAAAUAUCAGGUAUUGAUGUAACUGGAGUGAAUAAGGGAACCUUCUUCCUGAGCACAGACAUUGGAGCCUGUUAUCAGCAUGAACUCAUAUGUGUUAGGUAAUGCUUGCUCUCGCAGUCGUCCUGUCUGUUGAUCCACUACUUCAAGUUGAAGAUUUUCAAAUAGUUGCAGGAGGUUUCAACCUUGGCCGUAGAGGUUUCGCUGAUUGAACUCUCUCCUGGACAAAGUGACCAACUUGUGGUGUCCAAGCUGAUAAAAGACACGGCCAGAGCACUGAGAGAUAUCAGGUAUUGAUGUAACUGGAGUGAAUAAGGGAACCUUCUUCCUGAGCACAGACAUUGGAGCCUUUUAUCAGCAUAAACUCCUAUGGGUCAGACAAACACGUGAAUAGUUCAUAUCUAUCCUUCGCUACAGGAAGCAUCAGAAUGAUACCACAAACUCCAAUAGUCUUAUAAACUAAUAACUAUUCACAAACAUUGGGGAUAUCACCAUAGAUAUUUAAAGGAGAUGUUGAAUUAGCAGGAACUGAGCAGCAAUCAUUGUGUACAGAGAGUAAUUUAGUCAUCAAACAAGAGGACAACAUUUAUGACUUAUCUAGUGAAAUUAUUAUCCCUGAGGAUAAACCACAUUCAUUUACUGAGUUUUCAAAACAUAUUAAAGAAGGGAAAAGUCUACAGUCUAGCCAAAUUAUUAAUACAAAGGAGAAACCUUUCAAAUCUACAGAAUGUGAGAAAAGCUUUAGAUGGAAGUCUCAUCUACUAGAACAACACAAAAUUCACACAGGGUGCGGCAAAUGUUUUACAAGAAUGGAUCAUCUGAAAACUCAUAAAAAGAUUCACACAGGAGAAAAGCCAUUCACAUGUACAGAGUGUGGAAAAGGUUUUACACAAAAGAGUGAUCUAAAAAAGCAUGAAAGGAUUCACACAGGAGAAAAUCUUUUCACAUGUACAGAGUGUGGAAAAUCUUUUACAGAUAAGCGUUAUCUGAGAAAACAUAACAUGAUUCACACAGGAGAAAAGCCGUUCACAUGUACAGAGUGUGGAAAAAGUUUUAUACAAAAGAGUAAUCUGAAAAAGCAUGAAAGGAUUCACACAGGAGAAAAGCCGUUCACAUGUACAGAGUGUGGAAAAAGUUUUAUAGAAAAGAGUGAUCUGAAAAAGCAUGAAAGGAUUCACACAGGAGAAAAGUCGUUAAUAUGUACAGAGUGUGGUAAAAGUUUUAUACUAAAGAGUAGCCUGAAAACUCAUGAAAGGAUUCACACAGGAGAAAAGCCUUUCACGUGUACAGAGUGUGGAAAAAGUUUUGCACAAAUGAGUCAUCUGAAAAGUCAUGAAAGGAGUCACACAGGAGAAAAGCCUUUCACAUGUACAGAGUGUGGAAAAAGUUUUAUACGAAAGAGUAGCCUGAAAACUCAUGAAAGGAUUCACACAGGAGAAAAGCCUUUCACAUGUACAGAGUGUGGAAAAUGUUUUACAGAAAAGAGUGAUCUGAAAAAGCAUGUAAGGAUUCACACAGGAGAAAAGCCGUUCACAUGUACAGAGUGUGGAAAAAGUUUUACAGAAAAGAGUGAUCUGAAAAAGCAUGUAAGCAUUCACACAGGAGAAAAGCCAUUCACAUGUACAGAGUGUGGAAAAAGUUUUACACAUAUUAGUAAUCUGAAAACUCCUGAAAGGAUUCACAAGGGAAGAAACACUUCACAUGUUUAGAAAGUGGAAAAAGGGUUUUAUUGAAAUAGGUAUCAAAAAACACCAAAUAUUUACACACAAAUAAACUUUAUAUACACAGUGUACAAACCUUUUUACAAUUAUCCUAAAGAGGACAAACUCUCUAAACAGAAGCAUCAAAAAGGAUCAUAUUGUAAAUAAUACUUUCUAAAGCCCAGUUAUAAAAGCCUCAGAUUGGAAGUGACCUCCUGCUGUCCUUUGUUCCUCUAUGUAUGUGCACCUCAGUUUCUCUCAUAUAAAUGUGAUAGAAUCCAAACACCACACAGGAAUAUACAGAUCUGUCCUCAUACUGACCAGUUUACACAACCAUUCACCACCAAAGCACCCCCAGUGUUGUUUAUUAAUAUGCCAGUGUUAGGAGUUGUACGUUUGAUUUACAUAGGGAGGAAAAUAAUUACAUUUACAGAAUAAAGGAGUCUUUAUAUGAAUAGGGUUUUAGAGAAUUAUAUAAACAAGAACAUCAGUCUCAAAUGAUUGACAUCUGGGAGAUAUAUUUAAUGUGCACAUCAUGUGGAUAAACCUUUUCUUUUAGCAAUAGAUGCUUAGCAUUGUACAUGUUAUAUACCAGAGAAAUUACUAAGGGGAAACUGAUUUUAUUUGAUGAGAGACAAUAUCAGUAACCGGUACAUACGUGAUCAUAAUCAGUUUAAUUUAAAUGGCUACUAUAAUUAAAGGGAAUAUUAAAUAUCUGAUAAAUCCCUUUGUAUCAAGAGCACAAGUGUUAGGUAUAUUUAUAACAUUUUGUGCAUAUAUCAUGUAAUGAUCUUUUUGAUUAUAUAAUAUUAUGUAAUGGUUUUUCCUGGAAAUAAAAAGUGAUUGUAAUCCA